CCUGAAAGAAAAACACAACCACAGCGGUGGUGAUAGAAAACAUGUGAAGGAUACUUCUUUACCAAGCAAUUUCAUGGAGGAGAGAUAGUUUUAUUACAGUGAAAAACAAACUGAAAUAGGGAGGUGAGUCUUGCUCCAGUGAAGCAUUUCACAAAGAUAAAAGUGUGGACAAACCAGCCUCCUACGUACUUUCUACAAUGAGCAGUCCUCUGAAACAGCAGGAUUCUACAAAGUCCUAUCUGUUGUUUCCAUUGUUGGUGAUGUGGCUGACCAGAGAAGAAAAAGUAAUUUAAAAAGAGGAGAUCAAUUCAGCUGGAUUUAUCAUGUCAGUCAAGUCUCCAAAGUGGCUGAGCAUCAAAAAGAAAAAACCAGAACCUCAAAAGGACAAUGCCCAGGCAGAGGUUCUCAAUAACCUGGGUCUAGAGGCCUUCUGGACUACACCACUUGACCCAGCGUCUUUGUUGGACAUCAGCACUUGGACUCUAGAGAAACAGGUCCCUCUUGAGCCCAAGGAUCUACCAAAUGCCUUUCUCCAACGCUUGUGGCUGUUUAGCAAAGAUGCCAGGAGUCCUUGCUGCAAAUCUCUGCAUGAUGUUCUGAACAAUACCAACAAUUCGCCUGAGAAAAUAAAAAAUGGUUUUGAAGAAGAAAGCCAGUGUGCCGUCAACCCCCUUGAUCUAGUAACAGCAGUCUUUAUGUCUGCCAACACUUUCCUUCAGCAGGAGAUGACUGUGCGCAUGUUGCAAUGCCAGUUUGCUGUGCCCCUGGUCCUUCCAAAUGUAGAUCCAGAAGAAGCAAGUCGCUUCCUUCUCUGGCCUUUGAGAGGCGCUGUGAGCCAAUGGAGGUCUCACUUACCGGAAAAUAACAGAAAGGUCUAUGGGGGGGAUUUGGCAAGUACAUACAUGCCAGUAAUUUCUUGUGUGAGGCUUGGUCACACUGGUGUCUCUAAGUCACAGGUGCUAAACAAUGUAAUAGGUGGACUCAGUUCUUCCUGUGACACAUUUCUCCACAGGGGGAUGGAUGGAGGACAGCUACCCCGAAGACUCUCUAAUGGCCUGGUUGAGAUUGGAUGGUAUCUACCGACUGGUGACACUGUCAAAGAUAUUUUUCCUGUCCCUGUGGUCAUCUCUAACCUCCGUGGUGAUGCCAGUACAAAUGAGAAAUGCCUUAGUCUUCUAUGUCAAGCGUCUUCAGCCGUGGUAGUUUUCUGUGGGAAUAUUAGGGAGAAAGAUAAGCAACUUCUUGCAUCUUGCAAGUAUAUGGCACACAAGCUCAUAUUGAUUGACCUAUCAGAUGCUGAGAACAAUGAUAACAGGGUUGUGGGGUUUGCUGUUCAGAACCUUGAAGAAUACAUGGAGCUUCCCGGAGGAUCAGUGGUGCAAGGUAGAGAUUUGAGUGAAGAGGAACUGGCUAUCAGGCUGUGUGGGUCCUUGAAAGAUCUUUUACCAGAUGAAUUGAAACUUGUGACACUUGAGGCAGCAGCAUCAUUGGCAGAGGAGCUAGGCCUAAAUGUAGAUGAAGGGGCAGUCUGUAAAAAGGCAAUGGCCACAGUGGAGAAAGUGUUGGAAGGUUUAGAUGAGGGAUCUGUUCAAUUUAGAGAGAAACAGCUUCCAUUGCAGGGGUCUUUGUGGAGCAAACUUGCUGAAAUUGAAAAGGAGGAAAGUAAACAAAGAAAGGAAGGAAAAGAAAUUGAUGAACAACUGCAAAAAGAAAAGAAAGACAUCUUGGUAGAGUUGAGCAGCUACAAAAUGACCUCCGCAAUGAAGAUUUUCACAGAUGCGCUUUCAGCAACAGAUAAAGUGGAGAGGACCUAUUUCCUUAGUUGGAUGAAGCUGAGGCUUCGGCUUAAUCAAAUGGAAAAACAAAACAGUCCACAAGAUCUAUUUAAAAAGCUGAAGACAGAGAACAGAGAUGGCAUGCCAGAACAUUAUGAUGACCUCCAAAAUGAACUUAAUGACGACACAGGUGACAGUGACAGUUUCUGCACAGAUUCAACACCUGAGGAAGAAAACACUGAAGAGCAACCUCUGAAUCGUGAACUGCAAGUUUCUGAGCAACAGCUUGAGCUAAGCCAAGGGUUAGUACAUAUUUUGCAAACAUCUGCAGAAAAGAACAUAGAGCUACAGUCACAACAUAAAGAACAUUUUGGGUCGGCAAAAGAUCCAGGCAGAGAGCAUCAGUUGCAUAAGAUGUCAAACAAGGAAGAGAUUCAUGGAGAAGAAGACAUUUCAGAUCAGGUCCUUGAAAACCCAAACUGUAAUUUGGACUUUGAAGAAAAUGGAACCUUCAGCUGUCAACGGAAACAGAUAAAUGAACCGGAGCCGACGCAAGUUGAGUCAGAUUUGACUUCUUCUGCUGAACAACAAAUCUGCCUAGACGUUUCCUUUGCACAUCCUGCAGUCUCAUGUCAACAGCUUUUAGUACCUGAUCAGUCCUCGCUUGGACUUGAGCAUUUUUUGCGUGAGAUGGGCUUAAUUUUUGAACUAACAAACAUCAGUCCUGGGAGUGGGAGCCACAAUGUGUUGCGUCUCCCUAGUUUAGCUACAGACCUUCUUCUAUAUGGGAUUCCCCUUGAACUGAUGGAUGGAAAUGCCUCAAACAUCCCAAUGCACUGGCUGGCAUGUGUCUUUGCAGAGCUCAAACGCUGCCUACCUCAAAAACAGUGCAGGACCCGAGUGCUGACAAUGCUUGGAGUACAUCAUUCUAGGAAUGCUGAGCUUCUCUCUGAAUUAUUUAAGGCAACAUUUCCUGAAGGAAGGAAAAGAUCCACUAAAGGGUUGUACAUGGCGGCCCUGCAUCUCCCUGAUAGGCUAAGAAAGGAAAUGGAAUGUGACUUCCUGCUUCUAAUUGAUGUAGAAGGUCUCUGCUCAGUGUCUCUAGACAACAAAAGAAAUCUGCUGAUCGACAAUGAGAUGGCCACUGUUGCCGCAGGUUUGAGUGAUGUUUUAUUGCAGAACAUCUCUUCAAAUGUCGGCACUGAGUAUGAAACUUACAUCACUGUCAUAGUCAAUGCUCUCCUACGCAUCAAAGAAUGUAGUUCCAUGCCCAUUUGCCAACUCAUGGCCCAGGAUGAAGGAAUAAACAGCUUAUUACAAGCAGCACAGUUAAGACGUGUAUCAGAUAUGCUUCAGACUGAGACUAGGGACAGAGGAACUAACAAUGCGGAUGACCAUUAUGCAAAGACCAAAAGCUGUAUCACCUGUGUCAAAGGGCCUUGGUGGAAUAUGUCCCUCUCUGAACCAAUUGACACACAGUAUAGUGAGACUCUGUUGAAGCUUAAGCAAAACCUGUUUGGUGCAUUGAAGAAGUGUGCAGCUAUGUCUGAAGCCACUGGUCUGCCUGAAUUAAUGAGCCGUUUGUGUGCUGUUUGGGAUGCAGUGAAAUCAGAAUCAUUCUCCACUGGUCUGCAAAAUACUGACAUAGCUUUAGCCUUCUCUUUACUGUGCACAGAGUUUUUCCAGUGGAAGGAUAGUUGCCUGCAACACAUGGAAAGCUGGCUUAAGGGGGCAACAGAGAAAAUAUUCGACACAAAGUCAAAGGCUCUGGACGCUUCAAUCCAAAAUAGCCUUUUGAGCAAACUGAAGGAGGAAGCCAGAGGGGAAGUCAAAACAGAGGUGGACAAGCUAAGAUCCAAAGCAGAUGCCUAUUUGAUGAAAGACAAAGUUCUUGAAAUGAACACAUUCAAGCCAAUCCUAAUGAGCAAUAUGGAUCACCUUCAGGAGGAAGUAACUGAAGAGAUGGUGCAAAGGUUGGGCACAGUCAACGAAAGCCAUUGUUCUUUGACACAGUUGGAAAGAUUUGAGAACUCAUUGGAAAAAGAACAGGAAUCUAAACUGCAUGCACUAGUAGAGAACAGCAAGUCAACUAAAGUUCUCCUUCAAGAUACAGAGCUGGAAGAGGAGUUUGAGGGUGUGUGGAGUAAGACGUUGUCCAACUUUGACUUUAGGCCAUCAGAAACAGAUGAUCUUACUGAAGGAGUGACCAAUAUUUUGAAACAUAAUCUAAUCCGCUGUGGUCUCCAGAAACACAUGAAAAAACUUGAAGUUAUCGGCCAAAAGCAAGCAUCGAGCUUCCAAGUGAAUGAUGAGCACUUUGGAUACCGCAGCAGAUUAAAGCACAUGUUUGAAGACAACAACAGACUGCAGAGGAUAGAAGCUCAACAGCUUGCAUGCAAAAUCAUAGAAGAAUACAAUCAGUUUGUAGCAGAUAAGUCUAGCUUAGCAGCAGAUUUCUCUGACAGCUACAUUACAGAGCUGUUGGAAAGUGUUGAAAAAACCUUAAAAGAAAAAUCUAUGGAAAUCCGAUCUGCCUUUGAAGUGGAUCUGAAAGUUUAUCUCUGUAGCGCUGCAUGCCAAGACUUCCAAAAACUACACAACCGCUAUGCCAAGGACAGCGUGCUAUUGACAACUAUUACUGCAACCAAGAGUAAGUACAUGUCAGAUUUUAUCUACAAGUUCAGGAAGAGAGAUCAGUGCCAGAGGGUGGCUCAAGCAUUUACCUCCAUGGUUGUCAGACCUACAGUGUUGGACUACAUUUAUAGACCACUGGGAAUGCAAAUAGUUAAGGAUAUUCAAGAUAAAGCCCAGCAAUAUCAGUCCCCACGUGCCUUUCAUCAAAGCUUGCUGGAAGAACUAGUGAAGGAAGACCACUUUGAAAGCUUCCUUGAAUAUUUGCUCGACUAUGACAAAUUCAGAGUGAGGAAGAUCCAGGAGAUGGUGGUGGCUCAUCUCUCAGAAUCAUCCAACCUCGGUAUAUGGAGGCAACAGAGACUUGGAGAAAUUGUAGGGAAGAUUGCGGCAGCAGUGAGCCAAACAGCAGAAGGUGCCAGUGGAGUACUAAGUAAUACAAAGCCGCUACUGGAGAGAGUUUGCCUCAUUGUAGAGAAAGAUGGAGAUGUUGAUGUCAUGGCCAGGCCCUGUUUGGACGGCCCUUUCUUCAGUAUAACCACGGAAUGGGAUCGCUUUGUCACAUGUCUAAUGGAGUUACUGGCUGCAAUGAGAUUGGAACUGGCCCAGGAGUUCUCUCAAAAUGUGGAGAUCAUUCAACUUCUUCAGUGCCUCAUAAUUCAGCCCCAAGAUGUCUUGUUUGAAAGAGUAAGAGGCUGCGAUCAGCACUGUCCUCUCUGCAGAGCCCCCUGUGAGCUGCACGAGAUGAGGCAUGAGUUUCACAAGGCUCUGCUCCACAGGCCAGAAGACAUGUUGCCCCAUGACACAUGUAUGACGGAGGGAAACCCAGACAUGAGGAAGGAAAAACAAGACAUAUCUGUAACAUGUAGCAGCCUUGAUUCCCUCUACCCAGACUGGAGCAUCUCCCAUGAGGACCCAAACACUGCAAUCCCAUGUGCUUAUUGGAGGUAUGUGUGGGCAAGGUUCAAUGAGAGCUUUGCAAAGGAAUACAAUCAGGAGCCAGCAAAUAUUCCUGAUGAAUGGAAGGAGAUUACUGAGGAAGCGGCACUGGACAGUCUGAAGGAGGCCUUCUUCACUGGACAAUGCUGAUAUUACGACUGCUCUGUGCUGUACACUCUUAUCAUAUGAUGCACAACAUUUUAUUAACUAAGUUCAGGUUUUAUUUGGUGUGUAAGUAUUUUAUACCUAACAAGGAUGAUGAUGUUUUUAUAAUAGUGGACAGAAAAUCAAGUAAAUGGACCGUUGAUUCCAAACACUGAAAAUAACUGGUGAUCUUGUUCUUGAAUUUUAUUUUUUUUAUCAUUUACUUAACAAGAUAGUGUUCCAUAAAAUACGCCUUCAAAAUAUCACUUUUCACUAUUGAUCACUAUCACUUUGAUCCAAUGACUCCUGACCUGACAAGACAGUGUGUCUCCUUUGUUUUAAAAUGACUUACUAGAUACAGUAUAUCUUUACAUUUUAGUAUCUUUACAUGUUUUAAACACAUCAUGUUGUGACUUCAAGGUAACAUUAAAUAUAUUGCAAAAUUCAAAUAAAACAUAAACAAUUAGAAAAUAAGUGAAAGUAUUAAAAUAACAACAAAAUAAAAACACGGUGCCGUUUGUAUUUCCUCGUUGCUGCAUUUGAAGUGAAACUGUGAUGAAGGAAUCCCUCACAGCUCAGUGCUGAGAUUUAAGAGCAGGGUUUAAUGUUUUUAUUUCUAAACUAACAUGCUACCCAAUGUGUCUAUUCACCUAUCUACUUAUCUAUUUAGCUAUUCUACUUGUACAAUAUGUUUUUAUUCAAUACUAUUCAAUGUUUAACUGCAAUAUGUACAACAGCAAACAUAUGAACAACUGCAUUAUUCCUGACAAAACUGCUUUUCUGAGCAAUACAGUAAACAACAUUGAAAGUGACAGUGACCUACAGUUACUGGACAGAGCUCUUAACAUAGGUGAAGCCUGGCAGUAAAGGUGCCUCUGCUCUUUCCCGCUAAUUCAGUACAACCACGUGACAGCAAGGAUCUCAGGCUGUAUGUGAAGGCUUAAAAGCUCAAUAAUAGGUGCCAGGCUGGCAGCCAGGUAACAAAGUGCUUUGAGAAAGUGUUAAAUGUACCGGCCACUGUAUUUUGCCACUUGCUAUUUAUUGAUGUGCAGUUCAAAUACAGAUAUUUAAGUUCUGUCUAUUUAUUAGCACUCCUUCUUUAUGUCAAAAUAGCUGAAUCACUCAUGCAUUACACACAAACAAGCACACCCGUCUUUUAUUUAUGUACAUGAAUAUGUAAAAUAAUAAUAAUGAAAUAAUGUCAUAUAUAUUAUUGUCCAUAAGUAUAUAAAAGGAAUAAAUGUCUGUAUAGUAUUUAUCUAAGAGGGUGUAAAUGGCUGGUGAUGUGUUUUUGACACACGGUUCAGCUUAAAUGGCGCCUUGGUGUAUUCAUUUUUGUUCGAUUUUUAUGUAUGUGAAUGCAAAUUCCUCGUAUGCGUUAACCUUCUUGGCAAUAAACCUGUUUCUGUUUCUGA